AUGGAUAAGAGCUGGAUAUUCAUUAAGAAUAGGACGUUGCCUCAAUACUUGAAUGGUGUCGAACAAUUUUUAACCUUUGCAUUUUCUAAUCCUAAUGUUGGUGUAAGAAUCCAAUGUCCAUGUAUUAAGUGUAAUAAUGUUCUUUGGAAAACACGAGAAGAAGUGAAGACAGAUUUACUUAGGCGAGGAAUUGAUUCAACAUAUGAUAGGUGGAUUUAUCAUGGAGAGUCGGAUUCAUCUUCGGAUGAUGGAACAAAUGCUAGUGUACAUUCAGAUAUAGGAAAUGAUGAUGCUUCCACUUUUGAAAUGUUGCAUGACUUGUAUCGUGGUAUUCCCACUGAUAGUCAUGAGUUUGAUGAGAAUAACGAGUCUAGUUGCGAAGAUCCUAAUGCAGAAGCUAAAAUUUUCUAUAGGUUAUUAAAAGAUGCAGAGCAAAAGCUAUAUCCUGAUUGUGAAAAGUUCUCCAAACUCUCUUUUGUAAUGCGUCUUUUUCAAAUGAAGUGUCUACAUGGGUGGAGUAAUACCUCAUUUGACUCUUUAUUGAAAUUAUUGAGUGAUGUUUUACCCAAAGGAAAUGUACUCCCGAAUUCUAUCUAUGAAGUUCAAAAGAUAAUUAAAGGUUUGGGUCUAGAUUAUGUGAAGAUAGAUGCAUGUGUUAAUAAUUGCAUUUUAUAUAGAAAGGAAUAUGCGAAUCUUGAGCAAUGCCCUAAAUGUGGUGAAAAAAGAUGGAUGCUGACUCAUUGGCAUGGAAAAAUUUUUGAUGAAAAGUAUCCAAAUUUUGCUUUAGAUCCACGUAAUGUAAGGUUUGGGCUUGCUUCAGAUGGCUUUAAUCCUUUUGGUUCAAUGAGUAAUGCUUAUAGCAUGUGGCCAGUAAUCUUGAUCCCAUAUAAUCUCCCCCCGUGGUUAUGUAUGAAACAAUCAAAUCUUUUGUUGUCUUUGCUUAUUCCUGGACCAAAAAGCCCUGGUAUGGAUAUUGAUGUGUAUCUCCAACCCUUGGUAGAUGAUUUGAAAAUAUUGUGGGAGAGUGGAAUUGAGACUUAUGAUGCUUUUAUGAAACAAAAUUUUUUCUUGCGUGCUUCUUUGUUGUGGACAAUUAAUGACUUUCCAGCUUAUGGUAUUUUGUCCGGUUGGAGCACCAAAGGUAAAUUAGCUUGUCCGAUUUGUCAUAUACACACUUGUUCUAUUUACUUGAAACAUGGUCGAAAGCAAUGUUAUAUGGGUCAUCGAAGGUUCUUGGAAAUAAAUCAUCCCUAUCGUCGGAAUAAAAGUUCUUUUGAUAAUACAAAGGAAGAAAGACUUGCACCACAAGCUUUGAGUGGAGAUGAUGUGCUUGCACAACUUAAUACAUCCUCAAUAGUGUUAGUUGACGGCAACACAAAAAAAAGAAAACGAGAUGCUAUAAGAUAUGACAAUUGGAAGAAGAAAAGUAUAUUUUUUGAACUCCCAUAUUGGAGGACUUUAUUGUUGAGACAUAAUUUGGAUGUGAUGCAUAUAGAAAAAAACAUCAGUGAAAGUGUGAUAGGAACGUUAUUAGAUAUUGAAGGAAAAACAAAGGACACAUUAAAAUCUCGGUUGGACUUGCAAGAGAUGAAAAUUAAAAAACCCCUCCAUCCAAUAAAAAGUGGGAAUAAAUACAUACUUCCUCCAGCAAGCUAUACAAUGUCUAAAACUGAGAAGAUUCAAUUUUGUCAGCUCAUCAAAGAAGUCAAGUUUCCUGAUGCUUAUGCUUCUAACAUUAGUCGUUGUGUCAAUGUUAAGGAAGCAAGAAUUUUUGGACUUAAAAGUCAUGACCACCAUGUUUUUUUUCAACGUAUUUUUCCACUUAUCAUCAAAGGGAUUUUGCCAAAGGAUGCAUAUGAUCCAUUAGUUGAACUGUCAUUAUUCUUUAGCGAUUUGUGCGCUAAAGAGUUGCAUGCGGAAAAAUUUUUGCGCACCUUGAAAGGUUAUGUACGAAAUAAAGCUCGCCCAGAAGGAUCAAUUGCUGAGGGAUAUCUUGCUGAGGAAUGCAUGACAUUUUGUUCCAAAUAUUUGACUGAUAUGGAGACAAAGCAAAAUCGUCUGGAUAGAAAUUUUGAUUCUUCUAAUAUAGAACCCAAUGGCUUAUCUAUAUUUAAUCGUCGUGGUAAGCCAUUAGUAGGAGGUACUUGGAUAAACUUGAGGACUCAUGAAAUCAAUCAAGCUCAUUUUUACAUCCUCCAAAAUUGUGAGGAAGUCAGACCUUGGAUGGAGUAA